AAACUAAAACUAGAAAUAAAAUUUUAUACUUAUUAGUACAUUACACUUGAAUUAGUAUUUAAUAACUGUAAAAAUAUGCUAUACAAAUACAAUAAAGUUAUCAUAAGUAACGCACCACCAAACCUCUUUACAUAAGGUCGCGGGGAGAUAUAGUUUUUCUUCUUUUGGAGGGAACUUUAAAAAAGUUUUACAUUAUACCGUUAAUUACGAAAUUACUCGGUAUCAAAAUGAAGCAUAGUUUAGUAAAUUCUAAUUUCAGCAGAACUUAUAACCCAAGUGGUAGACAAAACGCUCUUUCAGAUAUAAAGCGGCUUUUAACAUCUCGGGAGCCAACUGCCCAAGAAAAAGGCUGCGGUUAUUUGAUUGAAGUACUAAGCCGCUACAACAAAGAAUCUAAUCAGAGGACUCGUCUUAUAGAAUAUUUAUUAGACAAUGAUAUAACAGUCUUUCUCUGCGAAGUAACAUCGAACUUGGAUUUAAAUUUAUUCAGAUCAUUCGUCCGCUGCGUGCGUUUGCUAUGGUGCGCACGUUUAUUCACAGAGCAGCACGCCGCACAGUGCGCGGCAGCGGCAUUGCGCGCCCUACAGCAACAUACUGGUGCCAUCGAGCCCAUGCAUUUCCUCUGUGACCUGCUCAAUGGUAUACCAGAGUUCAAAGCCAUCCCCGCCUUUUCUCCGAGCAGCGCGUUCUCCGUGGAGCAGCUCCUCGCCUGCCUCUCGUCCUUGGCGCCCCGCACCAACACCAGCUCCACCGUUCUCGCCAGCGCCCUCGUCCUCCAGGCUUUGGUGUCGUACCAGCCGGAUGACCUGGACCUCAGGAGCCAGACGGGGGUGAAGCUGGUGGAGGUCUUAGGAGUCUGGUUUGGGCUGCUCGUUGGGAGCUUGAAUCAUUCAAUGUUGACUGGAGAUAAGGAGAUGAGCGGGAUGUUUUUCGCUGUGACGUGUAAGCUUGGAUUGGAUGUUAUGAGGCUAGCCAAGCUACUCAACAGCGGCAAACAAAACCCCAGCUUUGUGCAAUCAAUUUUGGCCGACAAACAAGAAAUAACAGCAUUAAAGCAAUGUGCUGGCGCACUAAGGGAUUCCAUACACCGAGUUCUGCUUGAACUGGUUAGCUUUACGAAGGAAAAUCAAGGCCAGCUUUCCUCAGAAGAAUACGGAGUGUUCCUGAAGUUUAUGUUGAACUUCUUGUACGAUGCGACCUCUGAACAACUGCCAGAGUUCUGUGACGUUUUAUUCUCCAAAGGAUACCUGAUUAUGCUGCCACAGUGUCAAAUCGAUAGAAACGAUAUCAUGGUGCGCAAUGUGAGCACCUUAAUACUCGGAGAAAUGCUGAAAGGUUUAGCGCAGAAGUACCUAGACGUGGGCGCUGGGUCAGACCACACCUGUGCAAGAGAUAUACAUAUGGGCUUGGUGGAACUCCAGAAUGGAAUAGAGCAGCCGCACAACGUCGGAGACCAGCUACAAAAGAGACAGCCAUACAGCCUACUCGUCUACAUUUACUUCUAUUGCCAAUCUUCUGACGACCCUGAAAAAGCCACAGCCCCGCUGCUGCCGUACCUGAUGGAGCACAUUCUCCGCUUGCCAAAGAGCUUUACGCCGCCACCGUACAUAAUAAAGGCUCUUUGGCUAGUUUUUGCAAUGUCUUCAAUAUCAUCGGGCACGCUAUCCUCUCUGAAUGAAAGAGUGUAUCUAGAAAAGGCUACGGACCGUCUUAUUUCUAUGCUGUGCCCGGAACCGUCCCUGUAUUACACGCAUAAUCCGGCUCUGCUACUGUGGGCCUUCACAUCGCAUCGGAUCCAUGAAAAAGUUCGGCUGCAAGUGUUAUCCCAAUGGUUCAAGAUUGAAGACUCGUUACCAUCAGAACUGAUCUCCGACCCCGCCGUAUGGGAGCUCCUCCUCAGCAUUCUGACAUCAAGCAAGGACAUUCAGGUUCUGCAGAACUGCAACAAAACCAUCUAUAGUUGUCUGGAAGAAAUAGAUGACGAUGGGAUAGAGGACUUUGGGCUGAUCGUUUGGCCAAUGCUGCCAGAAGUGCUGGCUAAAGCAUUGAUAGACUUCGAUAGUACGAUUGAGACCAACAUAUGCUACCUCCUAGAGCUUUCGUCUGCGCUAGUCCCUGAAGAGCUCGACGACGCUCUCUGCCUGAAGCUAGCUGUUCUCACAACCGCUAUAUUCACCAAGGACCGAGACGAGGCGCGGUACGACUUCGAAUUCGCUUGCCUCAGGCUGAGCUUGUACUUGUUAAGCUUUGCUAAUAAGCAGAACGAUAAUAGAGUGUUAGUGACAUACAUAAACCGGGCCGGUUUCCUUCCUCGUCUGGUCUCCGUAACCAACAGCAUGGAUAACAAAGUUGCCUGUAUCGCUCUACAGCUGCUCUCGUACAUCGUGCAUUACUUCACUAAGAAUAAUUAUCAACCAAGAUCCCUCCUCCAAAUCCAAUCCCACCAAAUAAUCAAGUCUCUCCGGGACGACAGCAGUUCAGAGCGCGGGGCAUCUCUGCUUCAACUACUAUACAUGGUUCUCAACUCCGGUCCAAAUUCACCUCUCGUCCUGUCUUGUGACUUGGAGGUUUCUAAUGAGCAACAGUAUGAUGCGCUACGGGCUUUGAUGUUGAGAAUUCAGAUGCUAUGUUGUAAGGAAUCUAAAAACCAACCCUCCGGCGCUUGGAAAACCCUCGGCGCUAUAUACAGACACGCAAUUUUCAACAGAAGCGACUCCAAGUUAGUGGCCACACUGACAUCCCAACCAUGGACACACACCCUCAUACACUUCCAAAUAACACAAGACAUCACCGAGGAGUUCCUAACCUUCACACAGACAUGGCUAAGUCUCAUGAAGAUCACGUUGAAGAACUCUAGGGAAAAGAAGGGAAGUAGGAUGUGUAAGCAAAGUUUGGUUUGUAAGACGCUGUUAUUGAUAAAAAAGUAUGUGGUUGUUGAAGAAGCUGAGGAUGGAGAUGAUGUUAAAGAGAAAAUUUUGGGGACUGUUAAAGAGAUUUUAGAUGAUUCGGAGUUGAACGUUUAACGAUUAAUUAUUCAUCUUACUUUUUUUUAUAUAUUAGAACCUUGUUAUAGACAGCUAAGCAAGUCUUUUUGACAGGUCGUAACAACGUGAACUAUUUAUGUAAAAUAAUCUUGUUAUUUUACCUAUGAUAUUUUCCAAAUUAAUUCCCAGAUAAUUUCCUAUUUACUUAAGGAAUGCCAUGACAAUUCUGCGGUGACACCUCUUUUCAUGGCGAAAAUGGUCAUGUCAAAAACUAUUCGUAGAAUAAGCCGAAUCGAGCCUUUUAAGUUUAUUUACUUAAAUGUUUAAGUUCUAUUUUUUAAGAGAUUUCGUUUUUCAUAUUUGUUCAAGAAACUUUGGUUUCCUUUGAUUCGACUGAUUAAGGAUAAGUAAAUAAAUUUGAUUUAUUGCCUCAUCGGUUAGAACGAUUUUCCAACGUCGAUUGAGUAACUAAAUGUAAUGUAACGAGAUUAUACUUUCUACUUUUACGUGGUUUAGGUGCAGUCAUUAUGUACUUACCCCGUCGAGUCUGGCGAUACGAACUGAUAUUGUUAUUUAACGCCACAAUUUGUAAGAAACAAUUACAAAGUUACUCAGUGGAUCAUAACAACUUUGAAUAACUGUAAACCAAAUGUGGAAAAUUACCUCCGAUUACAAAGUGAAUAAAGCUGUUAUCACAAAUA